CUAUGCAGCACACAGAAGAGAGAGCAGAUGCAAAGUCCUGCACUCACCCCAGCUCUUAUAUCCCAGAACUGUCCUCCUGUGCUCUGUCAGUACCUGCAGAAACAGGGAGAACUGAGGUGAUGAUGGAAAGCUUCAACAGAGCCUAUGUUAAAAUAACACACACAAUCUUUCUACAUCUCCUUGGAGGCAGGGGCUCUCUGACUAAACAACCUGAAGCAACUGCUGCUACAGACUGGGGGAAAAAACUGACUCCAGAGCAAUUCUAUGUUACAAGAGAGAAAGGAACCGAGCCGCCCUUCAGUGGGAUCUACCUGAAUAACACAGAGCCAGGAUUAUACUGCUGCGUGUGCUGCAAUGCCCCACUCUUCAGCUCAGCAAAGAAGUACAACUCUGGGACUGGAUGGCCUUCAUUCUCUGAGGCUUAUGGUGCUUGUGGCAGAGAUGAGAGCAACACCAACGUCGUGAGACGAACGGAUAACUCGUUGGGAUCAGCCAGAACCGAAGUCAUCUGCAAACAGUGUGAUGCCCACCUAGGCCACGUGUUUGAUGAUGGUCCUGCACCUUCUGGCCAGAGGUUCUGUAUCAACAGCGUUGCGUUAAACUUCAAACCAGGCUCUGCUCAGUGAGAAGUGGAUCUCUGUGGCUUAGAGAACAUCCUUGCACUGCUUGUACAAGAAGGUUGUGAAAAACUUGCAUGCUUUUAAUAUGGAACUCCAAUUCUGGUAGUUGAGUACUAUGUCCAGUUCUGAGCUGCUCAAUUUAAGGACACUGAGACACUUGAAGGUGUCCAGAG